UUCUACAAGAGAAAGGUAGUUGUUUUUAGUUUAGUGGUUAUGGUGUGUGUCUAUACGGAGAAGGUUGUGGUUCGAACCUGUUUGGAUAUUUUUGAUUUGUCGUUAACGUCAGCCUAUGAAGAAAGCUUAGUUAAACCAGUUCUGCUACUGAAUCUGUGUACUAUGUUGAUUAAAAAAUGUCUGAGGCUGAAUUUCGAUUUUUUUGAAAAAAUUUUUAGUGAUUUAUUUUUAAAUUUGAAUGUUGAUUCUGUAAAAGUUACUUCAGAUGAAAUUGUGGUUAAUGGCAAAAAUACUAGGGAAAUAAGAGGUCAGGGUUGUGUGCCAAAAUUUUCUCGUGGCGUGACAAACGUCAAUUCUCAAAUCAUUAAAACACGCCAAAAUUGGCCAAAAAUCACACCAAACAGCAAGAACUAUAAAGAGAAAAUUUUUAAUUUUUUAGAUUGA